ACAAAAGAGUCACUUCCUAACCGCGUGCGGUUCACAACAAGACCUUCACAUUCAGUUUCUUCUGUGCGUAAAAGUUACAAGCACCGGAACGAGGCUGGAUGACUUUAAGCAGUCCUGUGGAACUCCUCUUUUUAACGUGACUCAGAGUUUGAAAUCCAGAAUGUUUGUUUCACACGAUUCGACAGGUGGAUGUGGAAGUGAAAAGUGAGAGGGGAAAGUGGAAUAUAUGUUUUGCAGCUGCGCGAAAGUGGCGUUCAUGGAGACUGCGGAUUGGAACAUGUUGCCGUAGAAGUCCACUGGAGUUCUAGUGUACCAGGAUCAUUUAAGAAUGCAAGGAGUCGACACGUGGAUUGUCAGGGAUGUGGUCCUGUUUUUACUUCUCUUGGAGGCUGUGAGGUGUCAACACGCCGCACAUCACAGAAAGGUCCCCCAGAGGGCAGGGCCCCUGCUCGUCUCUGAAGCAGACCGUGGAGGAAUCCAAGGGUCUUGGGGUUCCUGGGGGCCCUGGUCAGCCUGUUCCCUGACAUGUGGAGGCGGCGUGCAGGAGCAGAGUAGACCAUGUCUAAAGGUCUACCUUCCCCUGCAUCCAGGCCACGUCAUCUCAGCCUUGAGGCCUUCAGUUUCCAUCUAUCGGGAUGGCAGCCGUCAUGAAGGGAAUAGGAGACCAUCUGGUGGACGCAGGAGGAUCAGUGCCAUCGUCCCGGGCAGGUACGGCUAUGGAAGAUCUCCGUCGCAGGCUUCCAGAAGUGUGCAGCAGUUUCAACCUGACAGACAGAGACGGUCCGCUGUCCCCCUUCAUGAUGGCUUCAGGUCCCACCACGGACCUCACAUGGAGAGCCACUGGGCGCCGCUCUACCAGCCGGGCCAGAUGGGGGUUCCUUCGAGCGGGCAGGGUUCCCGAUCCCAGGAGCCGCAACAACAACUGGAGCGACCCUACCAACAUCUCCCGGCUUCGUCUUGUGCGGGAGAAGUCAAUCGCCACAGAAUCUGCGAGCGUGAGGCUUGUCCCGCAUCCAGCAAACCCAUCAGAGCGGCUCAGUGUGCCACACACGACAAGAAGCCUUUCAUGGGUCGACUGUAUGGUUGGGAGCCUUUCAGCGAAGUUGCGGGGGACCAGGACUGCGAGCUCAACUGUCGAGCUGCUGGAUUUCGGUUUUACGUGCGACUAUCUGACAAGGUGAUUGAUGGCACGCCAUGCGGACCCAACAAUUCUUCUGUGUGUGUAGCAGGAAAGUGCACGAAUCCAGGCUGUGAUGGCUUUCUGGGCUCUGGGAAGGUGAUGGACAAGUGCGGCGUGUGCGGCGGCGACAAUGCUACCUGCCUGGUCGUUUCAGGAGUCUUCCGCCACUCUCUGACCAAGAUCGGUUACCAUAAGAUCGCUGAGAUUCCACCAGGAGCCACCAAGAUCAACGUCACCGAGAUGGCCAAGAGCCGCAAUUACCUUGCGCUCCAAAGCCGCUCUGGACGCUCCAUCGUCAAUGGCAACUGGGCUAUUGACCGGCCGGGCAAGUAUGAGGGCGGGGGCACUAUGUUCACUUACCGCCGACCCAAUGAGAUCAGCAGCACCGCUGGGGAGUCCCUCCUUGCCGAGGGGCCCACCAAUGAGAUCCUGGACAUUUAUUUGAUCUUCCAGCAGCCCAACCCAGGGGUUCACUAUGAAUACGUGGUUGCCUCUGAGACACCGCAAGGUAAACAAGACCCUCAGACUGAGCAGCAAGUGGGGCAUGACGAUUCCCAGCGGGCAAACUCCGACCCAGCCGGUGAGCGAAGGUACCCGCCUCAUCGUCAUGACAACCAGCCGCCACGCCGUCAACGGGAAUACGGCUGGAAGAUGGCUGGCACCGGCGAGUGCAGCGCCUCCUGUGGUAAAGGUUUCAGGUAUCCCAUCUUCCACUGUAUACACCGGCUGAAGCAGAUCCAGGUCCAGGACGCUUUGUGCGACGACAGCAGUAAACCAGUGCCACAGGAGGAAGCGUGCAACCUUCAAGCCUGUCCGGCAUUCUGGGACAUCGGUGAGUGGUCGGAAUGCAGCAAGACGUGCGGUCUGGGUACGCAACAGCGUCAGAUCCUGUGUCGCCAAACCUACGCCAACCGCACCCACAAUGUGCACGUCAGCCGCUGCGGGCACCUGCAGCGGCCCGAGACCUCCGGCACCUGCCAGACCAAGAUCUGCAGCGAGUGGCACAUCCGCUCAGAGUGGAGCGCUUGCUCGGUGCCAUGCGGGUUGGGCCAGAGGUGGCGAGACGUCCGCUGCGUGAGCAACAUAGGCGACAACGUCCCCGACACGGAGUGUAACAUGAACCUGAGGCCGGCCCACGUGGAGAACUGCGACAUGGGCGCCUGCGCCAAGAGCUGGUUCUACACAGACUGGGGCACUAAGUGUUCUGCUGAGUGCGGGAGGGGCGUACGAACGCGAGAUGUCUUGUGCUUGACCAAUCACAUCAGCAGCCUCCCUCUGGAGGGUUGCGGCAGCGAGCGACCUCCCGACUCUCAAGUGUGUGACACGGGCCCUUGCGACAACGCCAUUGAGUGGUUCACCGGCCCCUGGAGCCAGUGUUCCGCAGAGUGCGGCGUGGGCAAGCAGGAGCGGGCGGUGGUGUGUCUCAUGAGGUCCCGAGACAUGGUUGCCGUGGCGCCCCAGUACGAGUGCUCGUCGCUGGAAAGACCGCUCAGCCAGCAGAGCUGCAACGUGAAAGCGUGCGGGGCAAAGUGGUACUACACCGACUGGAGCGCUUGCUCUAAAACCUGCGAGCGAGGAUUCCGUGUGCGUGAGGUGCGCUGUCUUUCCGAAGAUAUGCAGUCCAGCACUAGCUGUGAGGAGCGGCUCAAACCUCCUGAACGGGAAGACUGCAACCCCGAACCUUGUGUAUCUCAAAUAGACCAGCACUGCAAAGACGAGUACUUCAACUGCAACGUGGUGGUCCAGGCCCGCCUGUGCGUCUAUGACUACUACAAGACGACCUGCUGCGCAUCGUGCUCUCGCCACCCCCAGAGACACUCCGUGGUCCACAAGGGGCGCAGCUAACACUCAUCGGGACAGGAAGUAAAAACAUUUGCAUGCAGCAAACAAUGAAAAUCCACUCAACAGAUGGCACCAAGUUGAGGAAACGGCCUCUGUUAAUCUAGUCAAAAGUUCUGUCCAUAUUUGUCGGGUGCGUUCUUGAAGACCUUUUGCGGUCUGGGUCCUUCGAAGCUUGCGUGGACUGCAUGAACUAUGGCGAAUUAGGCCUAGCCAAGAAGAACGCCGUAGAAGAAAAGCAGAGCAACGUAGGCUACAAAAGUGUGCUUCGAAGCAAGCCUCAGGGCCCGUCUCCAUUGUGAAUUCGGACACUGGUGUGUGGUCGAGGCGCGUCGGUAAUUAUGCAUUUGACGGCUAUCCAAAUUCGUAGGUUGUGUAGCCUACAAAUGUACAUCCAGCCAAGGAUGCAUUCAAGAACACUGGGAAUUUGGAAUUGCCCUAUUUUUUAUUUAAACAAGUAACUAUAGCUAACUAUUUAAAAAAAAACUACCUUCCCCUUUUAAGUCAUUCGCUCCCAAAGACGUUUUUAAACGUCAUUUCAGAUGUUUUUGGCUGGUACUGAAUGAGUUAACUGUUUGCCCGACAAUCUAUCUAUCUUACUUUCUAAUCCCACCGUUAUGUACAUGUAAAUCUAGUUGAAAUGAUGCUUUGCGUGACAGUUGUCUGUUGGGCUACAUCGAUUGGUACUAUGUACUUGGUUGGAACUCUGACUUUGAUGCGCUUUAAAAUGUGUGAAAUUAAAAGGAUUAAUUUCCCAGUUUUCUUAAAUGCAGCCUCUCUAUCUUUAAACUGAACAGCAGAACAUGAGUAUUCAUGGCUUGGCUGUAAAUAUGUAAAUUCGUGUAAUUUCGUUUUUUUAAACAGACUUUUCAAGAACACAAAUUAUUUAUCGAAUCCCGGUGAGGAUGAUGUUAAAAAAAAAUAUAUAUAAUUUUUUUUCCCCGAUUGGCUUGUUCCAUUGCACCCGAAUCCUAAGGUUUAAUUUAUGGUGGAAGGUCACAGCUCCAUGGAUUACUUCGCACAUUUGCACAAUUACAUUGCUUAGUUAAUUUAUUCAUCAACCUUACCCCACCCUCCAUUCUGAGCACACGUCAUGUAUAUUGAUACAUUAUCCAAAAACCGCCUCAACUAAUUAACUGUUGUCCGUUACCUAUUUUUAAUAUUUAUUUUUUGGGGGGGAGAAGCAGUUAAGUGAACCUGCAUUUUUUGUGGAGAACACUUCAUUUUUCAUUCAUUUAAAAACAUUUUUGCAUCAAUUAUACGCUGAGUUCCUCAAUUUGUGGGCGGGGCAAGUCCCGAGAACCCCAGCAAUAGCAGGGGUCCACUGUAAUUGGUAUAACCUAUAAAUUGCUUCCAAUUUAUCUGAAAUUUCAUCUUCAAAGGUCACUUGUAAAUGAAUCGCGAUUUUACUGGUACUCUAAAAGAUUGACAAGCCAACUCACUAACCAACUUUUAAGUAAGUAAGUAAGACUUACAAGCUAAUCAUUAGCUAGCUAACUGACUAGCUUGUAAGUCUUCAUCCCAACCACACAAUCAUCAGUGUACGUUGCAAUGCAUUCACGAACCUAUAAAUGUGGUGGUUCUUAAAAAGCCUAAAAAAAUAAAAUCAAUCGGUAUUUAAA